AUGUCGUUCAAUACAGCAGCACCACCGGAGACCAUGGAGUUUCGCCAACAUGACUCAACAGUUAACAACAACGCCACGGUGGACGAGAACGAGAAGCCAGUCUUCUUCUUCGAUAUCGACAACUGUCUUUACCCCAAGAGCCUCGAAAUUCAUCGACUGAUGGCCGAGUUGAUUGAUCAAUUCUUCCAGAACCACCUGAGCUUGUCCCAGAAAGAUGCCAACGAACUCCAUUACCGAUAUUACCGUGAAUACGGUCUUGCCAUUGAGGGACUCGUUCGUCACCACAAGGUUAAUGCGCUAGAGUACAACAGCAAGGUCGACGACGCGUUACCUCUGGAAGAUGUCAUCAAGCCCAACCCCGAGCUACGCAAGUUGAUCGAGGACAUCGACACAAGCAAGGUUCGGUUAUGGCUCUUCACUAAUGCCUACAUCACCCAUGGCAAGCGCGUUGUCAACCUUCUGCAAAUUGACGACCUCUUCGAAGGUAUCACUUUCUGCGACUAUGGCUCGGAAAAGUUCUACUGCAAACCGCACGUGGAAAUGUUUGACAAGGCGAUGGCCGAGGCUGGUAUCAAGUCGAACGAGAAAUGCUACUUCGUCGACGACUCUUAUAUCAACUGCAAAGCAGCUGAGGGACGUGGAUGGAAGACGGCGCAUCUGCUCGACGAGAACGACCCUGCACCCGCUCAGCCAGCCAGCAAGUACCAAAUCAGAAACUUGCAGGAGCUACGAAAGAUUUUCCCAGAAGUAUUCAAGAGUUCAUGA